GUUUACGGUAAAGCUAAGGAAAUAGUUGCAUCGACUUGGCAUUCUUUUUCAAUUUUAUGCAUAAAGUUGCACAAGAAUUAUUAAGAGUUCAACUGCUGCAAUGGAUGUUACAACUAACAAUAUCAAAGAAAUUUUGGAUGAAUUUGACGAUGUCAUUGAGAAAACUGCAUUUUUUUCGAUUGACUCCGAAUUUACCGGUUUACUUAAUGAACGAACCGUGCCAUUCGCCACACCAUCCGAAUUUUACAAAAAGUUGCACACCGGAACCGAUGACUAUAUUAUAGUUCAGCUUGGAAUUACGGCAUUUUAUGUUAGCGACGACGAUCCAGAUACUUUUAAUUACAAAAGUUAUAAUUUCUACGUGUAUCCACAAAGUCGUGAUCAAGUAUUCAAAUGUUCUGGUUCAAAUCUCACAUUUUUGGCCGGACAUAAUUUUGAUUUCAAUAAAUUGUUCCGCGAAGGUGUAUCCUGUUGUACGCAAGAUGUUGCAACACAAUUGCGCGCCAAAUAUGACGAAAGACAAAAAAGUCGCGAAGAAGCGCUCGAAGUUCGGGAUGAAAGACCAUCCAAUUGCGAUGAAGUACCAGUUCCACAUGAAGAAAUCGAUAAGCUAGCUGAAGUCAAGAAAGGAAUUCAGAAAUUUUUGGAAAGUGACGAAAAAAAGGGCGAGAAAAAGAUUACAUUGGGCAAUCUGAAUGCUUUCCAACGCAAAUUGAUUUAUCAAGUGAUUCAGAAAGAUUUCGAUGACAAGGUAACAGCCACCAGUCAAACGAUGAAUAACCAAAAAGUCAUUGUCAUUGAACGAAAAUGGUCGACGGAACGUCAGCAACAAGAAGUCAAAGAACAAAAUGAAUUUGAUGAAAAUGAAUACCGAAAAUUGGUCGGUCUUUCGACUGUGCUAUUGAAAAUUUCACAAUCUAAAAAACCGAUUGUUGGUCAUAACAUGUUCAUGGAUCUAUUUUACUUGAUUCGUCAGUUCUUCGAACCGUUAGCAGGAACAUUGAAAUCAUUCAAGAAACAAGCACACAAAAUUUUCCCCAACAUUUUCGACACAAAGCACAUUUGCAAUCAAAAAUUCCGCGUUGAAAUUCCAAAUUCGACAUUGAAAAAUCUAUACGACUCAAUUGCACAGGCUCCAUUUAAACUACCGAAAAUCGAGCCCGCAUCAGCCGAAUAUGCAUACAACAAAACGAAAGAGCACGAGGCCGGUUAUGAUUCGUAUAUGACUGGUGUAUGUUUCAUUGCUUUGGCCAAAAAGUUGAAUGUGAAAAAUACCGAAUUCUCAGCCAAAGCCACACAACUGCGUCAUUUGGUCAACAAAAUAUUUGUAAUGAGACUUACCGACAUUUUCUUCAUUGAUUUGACUGGUGCCGAACCGACACCAAAUCGUGAUCAUGUAUUUCAUGUAAUAUUCCCCGAAAGUUGGACCCAAACCGAUCUCAUAAAUCAUUUUCGCAAAUAUGGGCCGGUGUUCAUUCGUUGGAUCGACAGCACAAGCGCAUUUGUAUCAUUGAAGCAUCAAGAAAAUGCAUCGAUUGUUCUGAAUACGAUUGAAAAACCAAAAGGCGUUAAGGUGUCGCCAUUUUCAACGUAUGUCCGACUUACUGGCGCUGAUAAUGAAGAUAACGACAACGCCGAAGAGGAGGAAGCAGGAGGAUCAGCAGCACAAAAGCGGUCAUGUUAUGUCGAUCCAAAUGCGCAAAGGUGGAAUAUUUAUUUGGUUGUAUUGGCAGUCAUUCUGAUUAUUAUCUUUUUCAUUUUACCCGAUUUCGUGAUAAUGUACCAAUUAGAAGCCGCAAGCUCUUUCAAAACUUCUUAAAAAAAAUCACUUCAUUGUACAGGCAAUUCAAUUUAAAAAACAACCAAUUCUAGGGUUCAUUCAAAAUCUCAAUCUAAAAAGUAUUAAUAUUAUUAUUAUCAUCAUCAUCAUCAUUAUUAUCAAAAUCAUUGUCGUUAUUAUUUAUUCGUUUCGCAUGUGAUCAAAAUAUGUUCGCGAUAGUAAUUGUGUAUUAAAAUUUUGUAAAGUAAUAAUUAAUCAAUCAAACAACGAUCAACAACUGAAGAAAAAAAAUUCAUUGAACCAGAUAUCUGUAGUUAGUGUUUUAUUUCAUCUGAUUUAUGUUUUGUAUUUUCGCUCAACAUUGAUUCUAUUCACAAAA